AGCAAAAGGGGGCGACAGCAGCACAGUGAAAUGCAUGAAAAAACAGCGGCUUCCGUUCUCUUUGUCGUUGUCAGUGUGAUUUAGGCGUUGGCUCUAAACGCUUUAAAUCAUGGAUGAUUCAGACACCAGCGCUAUUCUUGCGGAGGACCUGGAGUUGAGAGACUCCAGCAAAAUCUGUUGUUGUUUUAAGGUGCCACAAAACAAACGACCACCGCCGUGUGCGUGUCCGUUUUCCGUAACCGUGGAGCCCGUUAUGUUUCUGUCCACGUUCUCCAUAGUUCUCCAGAUGCCUCUGUACACGCAGUACCUGUGGGAUCGUGUCAGUGAAGAUGUGGGUUAUAAUGGAACAAAGGGAGGAGGAUGUAAUGCAUCUACAGUCUACGAUCCUCUGCAGAAGGAAGUGGAGACUCUGACUGCACACUGGAGCCUGUACAUCAAUCUGGGUGGAUUUGUAGUUGGGCUGAUCAUGGUGACCCUGCUGGGCUCAUGGAGCGACCGUGCAGGUCGGCGUCUUGUUCUGAUCAUCCCUUCCCUUGGCCUGGCUGUUCAGGCGACUGUGUAUUUGAUUGUAAUGUACCUGAAGCUGCCUGUGUUCUGGUUCCUCAUUGGGAGAAUCUGCAGCGGCCUGUCUGGAGACUUCAACGCCAUUUUGGCCGGUUGCUUUGCAUAUGUGGCUGACACAAGUGCCAGGGGUUCCCGCACCUUUCGUGUGGCGAUACUAGAGGCUUGUCUGGGAUUGGCUGGCAUGUUUGCGAGCAUCAUCGGAGGACAGUGGCGAAGGGCACAAGGGUAUAUAAAUCCAUUCUGGCUGGUAUUGGCCACAAAUCUUGCAGCAGCCCUUUAUGCAUACCUUUUUGUGCCUGAAACGGUCACCCCUGACCCAGAGGCAAAGCUCCUCUCCACCAGGCACCACCGGGCCGUCUACCGACUUUAUGCAUCUGAUGCACCGCAGGGGCGCAGAACUAAACUCUGGUUGUACACUCUCUGCUUCUUUUUGGUGGUGUCUGUACAUUUAGGCUGCAGUGACCUCUAUGUGCUGUACGAGUUGAGCGCUCCACUCUGCUGGGGUCCAGAGCUGAUCGGUUAUGGCUCUGCGGCGAAGCAUGUGGCUUACCUCACUAGCCUGACGGGGCUGAGGGUCAUGCAGUGCUGUCUGGAGGACUCCUGGGUGGCUUUGGUGGGCCUUACCUCUAACAUAGUUGGCUUGAUUGUGUUUUCCAUCGCUAACACUACAGCUCUGAUGUUUACAGGAUAUGGGCUGUGCUUCCUUUUUAUGGCUUCUACCCCAGUCCUGAGAUCUAAACUGUCCAAGAUGGUGGACCCUUCAGAACAAGGUGCUCUGUUUGCUUCAGUGGCGUGUGUGGAAGGUCUGUGCUCACUAGUAUCUAGUGGGGUCUUUAACUCUCUGUACCCUGCCACCCUACACUUCAUGAAAGGAUUCCCCUUUAUCUUUGGCGCUGUCAUCCUCUUUAUACCAGCUGGCAUUAUCGGGGGCUUGGGUUGCCAGGAGAAGAAAGAGAGCAGAGAAAACAGAGAAGGCUCUGGAAUAUCCUGACAUUGAUUCUGUGAGAGUUAUGCUAGAACAGCAAAAGACAGAAUAAGGGAUGAUUUUCUGCACAACUGGGAUCCUAAAGCUGACUGCUAAUCGAGCACACAAAAGGGACUCAUGUGCAAUACGAAUAUUAGUCGGAGCAUUUAUUUUUUUUUUUGAAAGAAAUAAUUUUAUUGAGUAAUGGCAGCUUUGUCAUCACAUUUUUUUUUAAAAACAACACUUAUUUUAUUUUAUAAUAGUAUAUUACAAUGCAUAUUUAUGUUUUACUGUAUUUUUGAUCAAAUCAAUGCAGUCUUGGUUUUCAUAAUUUGUGAACCUCAUCCGAUUCCAGCAUCAGCAAUAUUGUACUUAAGCCACUUACAGUGAAAAUAAGCCACUGGUAGAAUAGAUUUCCCCAAAAAGUGUUAACACUGUGACUCUGUGGUGCUAUCAAAACAUUGUUUCAGCAUCCUGACCAGCCAGAAACAGCAACAUUAGCUCAACCAAUGGCGUGAGUUUGGGUCGGCCAAGAUUAGGAACCUGUUUUUGUAAUUCUGUUUUAUGAAAAUUUAAAGUUUAAAACAACUGUGUGUAUUAAUCUUUGAAUAACAGCCAUACUACGAAUUCAGGACCCAUGAUCACAGCAAUGUUCCUCCUUUUGUUAACAAGCUUGUCAGUUGUGCUCAAGAUAUGUCAAAUCUGUGAAGCAGGUGAUAAUUAUGUGGAUGUGAGACUGUUCAGUUAUGGCUGUGUGGUUUAGCAAUAUGCUAACAGGAAGUGAAAAUUACAUCUUUGUGUUUUGUGUAUGUCUAAAUUUGUCAAAGCCAGAUAUCUCAGCAGUUUUAUACAAGAAAAUGUGCAUACACUGCAGAAAAAACAAAAUGUGGACAAGCAGAAUAAAGGAAUGUUUUCCAAAACAA